CUCGGCGAUUUCUUCCGGCGAGACCAGCCACCUCCUCCGUCUGUGUACCUGACAAAUCGAGAUCAAUUUCAAGAGAUGCAGCUUGCAUUUUCCGGUGAUGGCUUCAAUCGGAUCGACUGCCUCCGGCCAUUUCCCAACUUCACGCCCGUGCUCUUUUCUCCUCUAUUCCCAUGUUUUUCUCGACCUAUGCACAGUCUCCGGUGGCGGCUUAGAAAAUUUGUAGAGGAAAUCGCCAUCUAUGUAGGGUUCUUCUUUGCUUCGAGUCCCGAUCUCCUCUCUCAAUCUCAGUCUUCAGCUUCCGAAUUGACUUUCAACAAGGCAGAUGAUGAAGUUAUUGGUAGGGCUAUUGCUAUUAAGAUUUUUAGUAAUGGUAUUUUGCCUCUUUGUGCUGGUGUUGUUAUCAUUGCUCUUGCUUGAUAAACUAAACACUCAAAUUCUUAAUCUCUUAAUGUGUUAAUUGACCCAUUAACUUUGUUAAAUUCUUCCAAAAUCUCAUCUUUAGACAUGGACUUUUUGUUGUUAUGUGUCUCCUUGUGUCAAUUAUUUAUAUGUGUUUUUUGGUAAAAGUUUUGUCUUUUUGAUUGCUGUUCUAAUCGCAGUUUGGCUAAUCUAAUCUAUGGAUUGUUUGAAUUUUGUGUUGAGUUUGUUGCUCUUGCCUCCACCACUUCCGUUUCCUAGUUGUUUCCUUCUUUGUGGAACUAUAACUUGUUGUAUACCUCUAUAUAUUCUCUGUAAAUCUCUUUGAUUAAGUAAUGAGAAACAUUAUUUAUAUAUUUGACCAUUAGCUAUGUUACUUUCAUCUUCAUGAGUUGUUUUCACUAUGUGCAUGUCUCCUUUGGUCAUUGAUUCAUAUGUGUGUUUUGGCCACAAUUCCGUCUAUUCAAUUGCGGUUUUCUUUGUCUAGGAAGACGUCGACAUCUGAUGAACCUAAGCCAAAGAGACUUAGAAAGGCCAAGGAUACGAAGAAGAGCUCUUCUACCUUAAACAUGCCCUAACCUCUUACGGCUUCUUUAUCUUCAUGUAAUGUUCAUCGUUUCACACUUACUUUUGUUGAUAGUUGUUUACUCUUUAGGGAUGUUGCUGAUGUUGCCUUUCACUUUGCAGGAAUAAAUUAUGUCAUUCUUU